ACACAAGCCCUAUGACUGUAUAGAAAUGUUCUUCAGUGAUCUCAUUAAACUGUUUUGUAAUAUACUGUAAAUAAAUUCUUGAGAGAUUCAAGUGAUUUUUGUGAAAUCUAAUUUGAUUACUUAUCUGUACAGGUUUCGAUGGCACUUCAGACUGACUUAGAUUCUUGUUCCUUAUGCCUCCGUGAUAUUGCUCAGCAGCGCCACAUCAAGGGAAACGUCUGUCUGAAGUAUUCAGGAUCAUCCACAAGUGAAGUUGUUGCCUAUAUUGUUGGACAAGAGGUUCCAAUACUUUCUAUAUGUUUUAGGUGUUACAGACUCCUCCUUGGCAUUGAUUAUCAUCAGCAUGAAUUCAAGAGACUGAAAGAUUCCAUUGUUAAGAUUUACUUCGAACGUAAUCCACAGGAGAAACCUAGCUCAAGUAUUUCUGAAACUGAGUCUUCAGAUCCACAGAACCCUAGUGCUGAAGGACAAUUAUCCAGUCAUAGUGAUGUUACUCCUUCAGGCAAUUCUGUUCAAAAUGCCUUCAACAUUGAAUGCCCUGGAUACAGUUUACAGGAUGUUGAUGUAAAUUCUGAAGGAGCCAGAAGAGAAGAAGAAUAUGAUGUAAAAGAAGGUGGAGUUAUCAGUUCAGAAGAGAAGAAUAUCCAAGAUAUACCAACCGAGGAAAGUGUUAUCUCAGUAAGAUCAUCCAGAAGGAGUAAAAAAGAGAAGAAACUGUGUGAUUUUGAGUAUUAUACUGAUGUUUCAAAAGAUGACAGCAAAAACGUUGGAGCCUCAGAAUACAGGGUCACACUUAAAUGUCAGAUGCUGCCAGAUGCCAUUUCUGUUAGACAGCAUUACAUGAAACACAUUGACCAUUGCUAUAAAAAUGUUCCUGUAAAAUGUCAUCUUUGUAUGGUGGAGCUUCAGAGUGCAGCGUACCUACCUCGACAUUUGGAGGCUUUCCAUAAAGGAGCAUCUGUCACCCACAAGGGUUCCCUAUGUGACCUUUGCGGACGAACUUUCAGCAGGAAGGAGGCUCUUCAACGACAUCAGGCUAAAGUGCACAGGAUUUCGUACGGUACUCACCAGUGUGCCAAAUGUGGACAAACAUUUCUGCAUACUUCCCUCUUGAUGGAGCAUAUAAGGGCACACAGGGGAUACCCUUGCCCAGACUGCAAUAAGAUUUUCACUUGUAUGUCAAACCUAAAAGUGCACAAACAGACAUAUCACCAAAACAAAACGCUGUACGUUUGUUCCCCGUGCAAUAAACGUUGGAGAUUCCACGCAAGUUAUACCAACCAUAUGCGAAAGGUUCAUGGUGAAGCCCAGUUCAAGUGCCCAAGGUGUAAGAUGUUAUUUUCAGCAGAAAAUGCCUUUGAGAGACAUAAAGAAGUUUGUGCCGGGUUUUAUAAGAAACCACCUGUUCCGAACAAAAAUCCACAGACUGGGGCUCCACUGAAGGGAAAGAAAAAUUCCCUUUUGGUCUCUGGUGAAGUUGCCAUUAGCACUAGAUUGCCUAUAAUGGCUCCUAAAGACAGUGCGAAUAACUAUAAUAGCAAUCAGGGUAGAAAUUAUCUGCGUUUGAAGAAGGUCGUCAGGAAGGUGACCUCAUCUGCAAAACACCACAUAGCCUUACCAUCGCAAGAUGUUAUGUGCAUCGGAAAAAGGUCCAGCAAAGUCUUUAAGCAUACAGAGAUGUUGAAAAAUGGCAGAAGUCACCACAACUCAUAUCCAGCCAUAAACACAGGAGAAGUUUUAGUGCCAUCAGCAUUGAGCGAAAGUGAUCAAGUACUAAGCUGUGGUGGCAGUAUAAAAGCACCUGCUGAAAUAGUUGUAGAAACUGUAGAAGAUUUAAGCAGCGAAUGCCAGUUAGUUAUCUUAGUAGAAGAUGGUAGUGAUGAACAGAAGUGAUCAGAGAUUUCACACAGACAGACAGUAACGUGGAAUCGAUAGAAGAUUGCGAGAGGCAUAGAUAUAUGGGAAAUUAUAGUCCAGGCCCAUAUGCCGUAGAAGUUUAACUGAGUGGGAUGUGCAUCAGCUCUUGAAGUUUCAAAU